AUGUCUGAGAAGGGGGAGGAGGGCGCAGGGGAGUCGCUGGUGGAGGAGAUCAUGGAGAAGCUGCAUGGGCAUGGCUCGGGCUCGGAUUCGGAGGGGGAGAAGGCGGAGUCGUCGUCGUCUUCCGUGAAGGCCAAGGUCUGGAGGCUCUUCGGCCGUGAGGAGCCCGUUCACAAGGUCUUCGGCGGAGGCAAACGUGAGGGAUCCCUCCGGGGACGUAUUUACAUUAUUGUUGAGGAUUUUUUUAUUAUUAUUUCCGCCUGUUGGUACUUGCAGAAUCUUAAUUUUUCUACCCCCUCGGCUGCUUCGUUCGAGCUUAGUUAGGGUUGGUUUAUGGAGAGUAUCAUGUUUCGAUGCUGUUCUGUUCUGGGGUGAUUUGCUUGCUUCGAGCGAGAUCCGUGCAUUCUCUACUCUGGCUCUAGUUUUUAUUUUUCCUUGGACUUGUUGCCUUUUCGGAUGCUCCCUCCGUUGCCGGUCGUUUUGUGCAUAUAUAAACCCCUCGUUCUGAUGCUCUGUUUGAGUAUGUUUAUCUGUAACCCGAGAAACUCGUCGAAGUUUUUAGCUUAUCCGGAAGAAUUGUUGGCCUUUUUUCAUCUUUCAGAUUAAUUUGAUGACCUCAUCCGUGAUGAUCCUCGCAGUCUAAUGGGUUUUGGCUUCGCCUGUGCAGCUGCGGAUUUGUUUCUGUGGAGGAACAAAAAGAUCUCGGUGGGGGCUCUCGUUGGGGCCACGGCGAUCUGGGUCCUGUUUGAGCUGCUGCAGUACCAUCUUCUCGCGCUCGUCUGCCAUGGUCUCAUCCUCUCCUUGACGCUCCUCUUCAUCUGGUCCUAUGCCUCCUCCUUCAUCAACAAGUAAACCCCCCCUCCUCCAUCCCUCUCCUGCUCUCCGUCCCAUGUCUGGUUUUUUUCCGCCUGUUUCCGAUCCAGUAAUCAUAACCUUCUGAAUAUCUGUCUGGUUUAGGUCGCCGCCGCGCAUUCCAGAGGUCAAAAUCCCGGAGGAUCUGAUUGUGAACAUUGCUCUCGCUCUGAGGUUCGAGAUCAACCGAGCUUUCUCUGUGCUGAAGGACAUCGCUUCUGGGCAUGAUCUUCGAAAGUUCCUCGCUGUACGCAUCAUCAUCACCUUCGCUCUCGAAGUCACUCAUUAUCGGGAUCAUUUUACACAAUACUCACAGAUCCUUCUCCACCUUUCUUUCCUUUUUUUGGCCCCCCUCAGGUGAUUGCUGGUUUAUGGGCUGUGUCUGUCAUGGGCAGCUGCUGCAAUUUCUUGACUCUGUUCUACAUAGGUAAUCCAAUGUGGUUCAUCCUCUGCACUUCUCACCUCUCUCAUAUCCUCUUUUUCUUCACGCUCUCUCCCCUCGUCUUUGCUCAAGAACAGUGUUCGUCUUGCUGCACACCGUCCCUGUCUUCUACGAGAAGUACGAGGACAAAGUCGACGCCUUUGGGGAGAGAGCAGCGAUCGAAAUCAAGAAACAGUAUGCGGUGUUCGACGAGAAGGUCCUGAGCAAGAUACCCAGAGGGCCAUUGAAAGCCAAGAAGCACUAG